AUGGUUGACAGUAAGUCAAUAUUUUCCCAGGUCAGUGAAUUUUUACUCAUUGUUAAUCAUCUUAAGGAUGCUGGAUUUGAACUUCUGCCUGCCUUUAUUGUCGGAGUCAUUAUUGUUCGUCUUCCUCCAUCUUGGAAUAGUUAUAAGAAGAAACUUAUGCAUGCCGAAACUGACUAUGAUUUAGAAGGUCUACAGCGUCAUCUUCGUAUUGAAGAAGACUCUCGUAAACGAGAAAUUAAGGAUAGUCAGCAAACUGAAAACCAUUCUAAGAAACAACAAGGACAGAAAAAUGAGGUAAAUAUGGUCGAAGACAAACUUGUUAUUGUAGUGCAAGCCGCCAAUGCCGUUUCUAAUAAUGAGAGUGGAUGGUGGUACGACAAUGGUUCAACUGUCCACAUCUGUAAAGAUAGACAUCUUUACAAGACAUAUGAACCAGUUAUUGGUGAAGGAAAUGAAGUUGUCUCAGCAAACAACUUACACAUCAAAGUGAUUUGCAAAGGCACUGUUGAACUCUCGUUUACUUCGGGAAAGACUGUUACUCUUACUAAUGUGUUACAUGUCCCUGACAUUGUGAAAAACCUUGUUUCUGGAGACCUUGUUAUGAAGGCCGGAUUCAAGACGACUUAUGAGUCUAGUAAUUUUGUCUUGUCCAAAAAUGGUAAGUUUGAUCAGAUUAUGCUUCAUUUAAAGGCCAGUAUGUCCUCAUUGGAGGCAUUCAAUGAGCAACUAAGUGCGGAGAACAAUAUGCCUCCUGUUCGUUUUUAUGAUCAUUCACCUAUUCAAAAAGGGGAGACUUGGUCUGGAAAUAAUGUGGUGAGUGAAGGUGUUGGUUUUGAAGAAUGUAUUGACGAAGUGAUCCAAGCAAUGACGCAACAUCAACAAGGGUUGCACCAACACAUUCAAAAGAUGGAAUAA